AUGUAUAAGAAUAUAAUUAUUGUUGGAGCUACUGGAAAGUUUCUUGGAAAAAAAAUAACAAGUAGUUUUCUUAAAAGACAAGAUGAAUUUAAUGUAUCAAUUCUUGUUUCGAAAAAAUCAAUGGAGAAUGAAGAAAAAAAGAAAUUUUUUGAAGAUUUUCAAAAACAAGGUGCGAAACUUAUUUUUGGUGAACUUGAUGAUCCUGUUGGACUUGAAAAAUCUCUUGAAGGAAUCGAUGUUGUUAUUUGUCUUUUAACUGGUCAUGAUCAAGAAAUACUUUUCAAUGGACAAAAAUCUCUUAUUGAAGCAUCAAAAAAAGCACAUGUAAAACGAUUUAUUACAUCAGGUUAUGGAAUGGAUCUAUCUCGAAUUAAAGAAAAGGAAUGUUAUUAUUAUGUACCCAAACAACGUAUUGAAAGUCUUUUAGAAAAUGAUUCAUCAAUUGAACAUACAUUUAUUGCAACUGGACUUUUUGCAGAAUUGCUUUUUAUACCUCGUUUUGGUAUUGAUAUAAAACAACGAAUAAUCAAAUCAUUUGGUUCUUCAGAUAUGAAAAUUUCUACAACAUUUUCAGAUGAUAUUGCAUUACUUUUACCUGAUAUUAUCUUAUUAGAUGAAAAUCGAUCAUAUGAAAAUCUUACUAAAGAACAAUUAUAUAAUCAAGUUACUGAAUUUGUUAAAUCUGUUUAUGCAAGAGGAGGUGGAUAUUUUGAUAAACCAUUUAAUAAAAUUCAUCCAAAACUUUCAAAAAUUCCAAUAACGACACUGGAAGAUUAUAUUAAAAUAAAACUCAGUGAAUAA